CUUCUAAACAUACAAGCUGAUAGCCAAAAGUCUGAAUGAAUUCUUAUUCGUAGGCUCAUGCCUUUUAUACAAAACACAAUACUAAAAUGAACCCAAUCGCAUAGGAUCACUACUGGCCCGUUAUAACAAGCCAACAGCCCACCACGUGCGUAAAUCCCACUAACAGCAAUCCACCGGCCCAGCUAACCAACUUCCUUCAGUUAAGCCUUCAACUCUUGCCAGCUGUACUAACAGAUUGACAACACAUUUGACCACGUGUUAUUUCCCUUGCCUCCACUUGCACACUUCGCACCUGCUGUCCACUAAAGUUCCCUUCUUCUCCACCCUUCUAUUCUUCCUUCUCCCUACUUUCAGAACACUUGCUUAAAAGACUUGUUACACAGGCCACCCCCAUCUGGCUGGUUUGGGGAUGGCAACCCCACGGCUCAUAAGGAUCAAAAGUUCUCACAUCGCUGUUUAACAAGGCUCUAUGGAUGCCCACCUCCACAGUAAACAAAUGGCUGCUGCAAGAAGUUGCUGCUAAAAACAAAUGGCUGCUACUAACAAAUGGAUGCCCACCUCCUUUAAUUUUCAUCCAACACGAUUAGCCAUGGAAAUUGAUGAGCCUGCAGCAACUCAAAAGAAUGCCCAGCUCUUAUUAGCCCGUGGAUGGGGCUGGCUCAAGGGGUUGCUAGGGAAGUGCAUGAACAAGGCUGUGAAGGUUGCAAAGAGCACAAAGAAGCUUGGACAAGACGACCCGAGACGUGUCAUCCACUCCCUCAAGGUUGGGCUGGCUCUCACGCUGGUUUCCUUGUUAUACUAUUGGAGACCUCUCUAUGAUGGUUUUGGGGUUUCAGGAAUGUGGGCUGUGCUCACUGUGGUAGUAGUCUUUGAAUUCACCGUUGGUGCAACCCUCAGCAAAACAUUAAAUAGAGGAUUUGCGACAUUUUUUGCUGGUGCUCUCGGGCUUGGAGCUCAACAUUUAGCAUGUCUCUUUGGCGACAGAGGACAACCCAUUGUCCUUGGGACCCUUGUUUUCUUACUAACUGCAGCAUCAUCAUUCACUCGAUUCAUUCCACGAAUCAAGGCAAGAUAUGACUAUGGGGUGUUGAUAUUCAUAUUGACAUUUAGCUUGGUAACAGUCUCGGGUUAUAGGAUUGAAGAAAUCUUACAGCUAGCCCAUCAAAGAUUCUCCACCAUACUCAUAGGCGGAGCCACCUGCAUACUUGUAUCCAUAUUCGUGUGUCCGGUUUGGGCCGGCGAAGAUCUUCACAAACUAAUUGCUUCAAAUCUAGAAAAGCUCGCAAACUAUCUAGAAGGUUUUGGAGGUGAGAAUAUUGAAGGGGUUGUGAGUGAUGAUGAUAAGAAACUUCUUCAAGGUUAUAAAAGCGUGCUAAAUUCAAAAAGCACAGAAGAAUCGUCGGCGAAUUUCGCAAGAUGGGAGCCUGGCCAUGGCCGCUUUCAGUUUCGUCAUCCAUGGAAACAAUACCUCAAGAUUGGAGGCCUUGCUCGGAAAUGUGCUUACCAUAUUGAAGCCCUUAAUGGCUACGAUAUUAACUCUCAUAUUCAGGAACCGUCGGAAAUCCAAAAUAAAAUACGAGAAUCAAGCAAGAAGAUGAGUUCAGAAUCCAGCAAGGCAUUAAAAGAGCUAGCACUAGCAAUAAAAACAAUGGCAGACCCUUCAGCGGCCAAUCCCCAUGUGGAAAACUCUAAAACCGCCAUUAAUGACCUUAAAACAGCACUCAAAGCUGCCACGUUAGAGAAUGUGGACGUUCUUGCAAUUAUUCCCAUUGCCUCGGUUGCUUCAAUACUAAUUGAAAUCACUAGAUGCGUCGAGAAAAUCUCCGAGUCGGUCCACGAGCUUGCUGACCUGGCACAUUUCAAGAGCGUUGACCCCAGUGUAUCACCGGAGAAACCGCUACUACUUCAUCGUGGAACCGUAAAACCUGUACUUUUGGAAGGUGACAGUGACAGUGACGACCACGUUGUAAUCACAGUGCAUGGAAACUACGUGGAUUCCCGAGAAAACGAGGUUACUCAGGCGCCAAACACUGCUAAACGUCUUGGUCAGGUGUAA